AUGCCAACAUUGCGUGAGUGCGACAUCAGUGAAUGCCCCCUGCUCUCCCGUCGCAACACCAGAGGGAUUCCUGCAAGGAGAGAGGAGGGAGAGGAGGGGGAGGGGGAGGAGGAAGAGGAGGGAGGGGACGCAGAAGAGGAAGAGGGGGAGGAGGGAGGCGAUGUGGCUGGGGAAAGGGAAGAGGCAGAUGGGGAGGCACCAGAGGACGAGGAGAGUGGGGGUGAAGAUAAUGAUAUUGAGCAUGAGUAUGCCAUGGACAGUGACUAUGAGAUGGGCUGUGGCAGAGGCUGGGUAGAGACGUGCAAGCAGCUGACUCGGCUGCCGUCCUUUCUCCGGAAGAUGGCGAUACUGCGUUCGUGCAGCAGCAGCAGGUGCCUGUUGCUCAUCCAACGAGACAGGAGGGGGGUUUAUAGGGUUGGGGUGGAUUGGGAGAAGAGAGAGGGGGAGGAGGUGGAGGAGGAGGGGGAGGGAGGGGAUUCGGAAGGGGAAGAAGGGGGAGGAUGGGAUUCGGAAGUGGAAGAAAGGGGGGGAUGGGAUUCGGAAGGGGAAGAAAGGGGGGGAUGGGAUUCGGAAGGGGAAGAAAGGGGGGGAUGGGAUUCGGAAGGGGAAGGGGGGAAUGGGAUUCGGAAGUGGAAGAAAGGGGGGGAUGGGAUUCGGAAGGGGAAGAAAGGGGGGAAUGGGAUUCGGAAGGGGAAGAAAGGGAGGGAGGGGAUGCGGACGAGGAAGAGGGUGAGAAAGGGGAUCAGCAGGAGUGGGAGGGGAUGUGGAAGAGGAGGAGGGGGAGGGAGACGAUGCGGUGGUGGAAAGAGGAGGAGGCAUCGGAGGAAGAGGAGGAGAGUGGUAGGGAGGAUGAUGACAUUGAGCAUCCGUAUGGCUUUAACACUGACAAUGGCAUGGACGACGAGGGAGGAUGGGAUGCGUUUUGCGUCUACUAGGAGAAAUUAG